GUGGCGUUCGACGUUUUUGUACUUUGUCUUUUUCCAUAUUAGCCAAUAAGAAAAAUGAUCAUCCCUGACAUCACUUGUUGCUCUCCUAGGAAUUUUUUAUUCCUCUUCCUGGGUGAAUAUACCUCUUCCGGGUCAUCCUUGUGCUUCCGACUCCUGAGCCUCUGACUGAAGUACACAAUGAGUGAUGAUGAGAUGGCUUUAAUGCUGACAGCAGCCACUGCUACCUAUAUGAUAUACCAGGGACAGAGGAAAAGGAAGAGGGCACGGAGAUAUUGGAUCCACCCCGUGAUUGCUGGUCGGGAAGAGACAGGCCAAUUUUGGGUUCUGUACAAUGACCUUCGUGAGCAUGAAGACAAAUUUCUAGACUACACCAGGAUGUCAAUAAAAAGUUUUGAUGAGUUGCUCGAACUGCUUAGCAGUAGAUUGGCGAGGAUGGACACCUUUUUCCGCAAUAGCAUACCCCCUGUGGAGCGACUUAUUAUCACACUGAGGUAUCUAUCGACUGGACAGUCUCUAGCAAGUCUACAUUAUGCCUUCCGUAUUGGCAAGUCAACAGCGAGUUACAUAGUACGUGACACCUGCUCUGCUAUAUGGGAGGUUCUCCAUGAAGUUGUGUUUAAGAAACCUACUGCGGAGGAAUGGGCACAGAUUGCGGCGGUAUUCUGGCAACGCUGCAAUUUCCCCAAUUGUUUAGGAGCAAUUGAUGGGAAACACAUUCGGAUUGUGAAGCCCAUGGCAAGUGGAAGCCGAUUCUUCAAUUAUAAGAAAUACUUUUCUUUUGUGUUGAUGGCUGUGGCUGAUGCAAACUAUUGUUUCAGAUACAUAGACAUUGGGUCAUAUGGCAGCAGCGCGGACUCCGCUAUCUUUGGGAACUGUUCCUUUGGUCAAAUGCUGCGAACAGAUGAUCUUGACCUACCUGUAAGCAGUCCACUCCCAGGCACAAAUGGCCCUCCUCUACCCAGUGUAUUUGUGGGUGAUGAGGCCUUUUCUUUAGGUACACAUCUCCUACGGCCUUAUUCGGGGCAUAAUUUAACUGUGGAGAAGAGCGUAUUCAACUACCGCCUAACCAGAGCACGGCGAGUAGUUGAAUGCGCUUUUGGUAUACUUGCUAACAAGUGGCGGCUCCUGCACACUCCAAUAGUGCUUAACAAGCAGAAUGCCGUCACUGCUGUCAAAGCUGCGUGUGCCUUGCACAACUUUGUUAGGCAGCGCGAUGGCUUUGACUUUGAAGAGCCGGUUACUGAGACUCUGGAAAGAGCACAGUGGACUGGUGUCCGUGGGAACAGGCAGGGUUCAUAUGUCCGCGACCAAUAUGCUGCAUAUUUCAUGUCUCCUGCAGGACAGGUCCCAUGGCAGCUGGAUUCUAUUUAAAUAUUACCAUUUUUCUUUUUGUGUGGAACUGUAAUCUUUGCUGUACCUUUUUGAAUCAUAUGCUGUAGUGAUAAAAUAAUAAAAAUAUUUGAUUGAUGUAUAAAGAAGUCUCAUGUUUAUUUUAUUUUGAUAAUUUUUUUUAAUUUGGUGCAGUAUCCCUACGAUAUCAAAUUGGGGUCAGAGUGUCAGGAUGGGAAGAAAAAUUCACGGGCCCUGCCUCAGUGGGAACAUUAGGGUUGGUGGUUACUAGGAAGAGGAGUAUCCCCCCUACAAUUAGGUGGAAUAGUAUACCAUCAUUGUUAUCAGUGAAUAAUACAGUACAGUGGCCCAUAGGUGGUGGCUCCUGAGCGCCCAGCGGGGAACUUCUGUCCUGGCCGUGUACCUUGGACACAUCCAAUGACAGAACACUGUGAAAGACACAUGAGUGGCCGUUUGCUAGUAAAUCUUUGCGGCCAAUUAGAGAUGAUCUCAUAUGUAAACAGAUGAGAUUAUUUCUCAUUGACGGCUAACAAAAUGACAGCGUCCUGGGAGAGUGGAGACCGAUCUUGGGACACAGAUCGGUCACCUCCCCCAGUAAACCCCCUCCCCCACA